AGAGGGCACCUGUCUGGCCUUUUCUUUGACUUGUCACUCUCUAGCCCUCCCCACGUAUCAGUACGCUAACAUUUAUUGCCCAGAAUUAUUGGCAUAUUCAAGAGAAUGAACCUUUUUUCUCGGAGCCUAACUUUCACAAAAACUGCUUUUUAAAUUUAUGAAUCCAUUUUAAUGGUGAUAAAAUGAUACAGCCGUUCUUUUCAAAUCUAUUUGGCUUUCGUCCUCCCGCUAAAGAACACAAUGUUUACUGGGGAAAAGCGCAACGCGGCUCAGAUGUACACGUUGUCGUAACACAAAUGACGCAAAUGACUUUCAGGAGGUUUGGUUAUUUAUGGCGAAAACCUCAUGUCGUAUUAUUAAAGAAUUGUGGAAUGGUGACGUGUGGAUCCAAUGUGUAGUAAACAAAACAGGCAGUUGCAUCAGCUGCAUAUUAAUGGGACGAUCAUGUAUUACACUUAGUCGUGACAGAGCUCAGAGAGGGUUUUCUCAUUUUCCUGGUUGAAACGCUGUUGUUAUAUUGGUUCAGCUAAUGUUGUCGUGGAUGUCAUAUAGAUAUUGAUUUUCGAAACGGUUUUUCGAUUUCCUGAAACCGCAGCACUGAUAACACAAAUAAAUCAUUUUGUGCAUUGCUUGAAUUUGCACAUGUUGCCAAGUGUACUAGUUUUGGCUGAAAUUAAACGUUUAACUAAAUUAACUAGAAAUGUCAUUUGUAAUUCAAGUCGCAUUUGUGGGCCUGGUGAUAUUUAUAACGCACAAGGUUUGUGAAUGCUUCGCAAGAGCAUCCUCGGCAAGAACUCGUCAACAGCAGGACAACUCCAACUCCCAACCAGCUCAUGACCCCCCACCCUAUAGCAGUUUGUACCCUGACCUCUCCAAGGAGAAAGCCACUGCUGCUGCAAGAGCUACAAGUUCUCCAUUCCGAUGUGCACUUUCCAGAGUGUUAGACUGGGCUAGUAACAGCAAGAGCUCGUCCUUCAAGGCUAUCGCUGAUAACUUCACCACGCUGGAUGAGGUCAGCAAUGCAAUCCGAAGAGCUGGGCUGGAGUCAAGUAACUUGAUAUUUGGCAUUGAUUACACCAAGAGCAAUCUGUACACCGGUCAGCAGACCUUUGGUGGGAGGAGUCUCCACGCCCUGGUGCCGGGGUUGCAGAACCCGUAUCAACAGGCAAUUUCCAUUCUCGGCCAGACACUGGCGCCCUUCGACGACGACAAUCUCCUGCCGGUCUACGGCUUUGGGGACCUCUCCACCCAGGGCCACUCGGUCUUUCCCUUUCGUGCUGACGGGCUUUGUCACGGCUUUGAGGACGUGCUGGAGUGUUACAAUCGUAUCACACCGACCGUCACCCUGAGUGGGCCCACGGACUUUGCGCCGGUCAUCAACGAGGCCAUAAGGAUUGUCCAGAAAACGAAAGCAUACCACAUCUUGGUCAUAAUCGCGGAUGGCCAGGUCACUAGCGAGAAGCCCACACGCGACGCCAUCGUGGCCGCAUCCCACUACCCACUGUCGAUCAUCGUGGUGGGCGUCGGGGACGGGCCCUGGGACAUGAUGCGGGAGUUCGAUGACCGGCUACCCCGCCGGCAAUUCGACAACUUCCAGUUCGUGGAGUUCCACCGCGUGAUGAUGACGGCGUCGUCGGCCAAGGGGAACCGGGAGGCCCGCUUUGCUCUGCACGCGCUCAUGGAAAUCCCCGACCAGUACUUGGCCAUCCGAAAGUUGAAUCUCCUAGGCUGAACUGCUUAAGAUGCUGCUGUAAUUAGUUUCAUUUCCAGUGUAGACAAUUUCACUUGUCAUAAUUUAAAGCAUUACAGCUGCUGUGAUCAGGCUCAGUUCAGUAAUCUAAAACUGCAAGAGCAAAGCAUUGUAAAGGAUAGUAUAUGUACAUGUAUUUUUGUAAGUCAUGCUUGUUGUAUUCUUUGAUUAUUUUUCUAAUUAAUUAUCUUUUCAGGGAAGAGAGUCCGAUCAUGAUGAUCAUUGUUCAGGGCUACAUGUGCAUUAAUUUUUUACAUUUUUUUUCUUUACAUUUCUAUUAUGUCUUCUUUCCACGGAUUUGACUUUUUGUGUAUAAUUGAUUGAUGCUUUCUAUGCAGUUUGUGGUUAAAAGAUCAAUGUUACAUGUAAGAUGCUUAAAGAUGCACGUUCUUGCUGACUCGCUUUCUACUUGGCACUUGUUUACAGUGCAUGCAUGUAAUCACAGUCUUUAUUUUUUUCCCUUGUAUAUCUCAAGAGAAUUUCGCUUUUAAUUAAAGAAGUGAUGUAGCCUACCUCAACGUUAACAAAAUAUAAGUGUGAUUUUAUCUCACAAGGAACAUCCCGGGGGCGGAUCCAGGAAUUUUCACGCUGGCAUUCUUAAUAUAAACAGCAGAAAAAGUAUUUUUUUGAAAAGGUAAAUAUUUUUGUUCAAAUGCAGAUAGCAUAUUACAAUGCAUUUGUCAACCCCCACAGUUGACUCCUGUAUUUCGGAAUAAAAUAUUUCUCUCCGAGACAUGGAAAAUAUA